UAAUACAUUGUCAUUAUUUUCAGGUGAUCAACGCCAGCGGCAAGCUGAUGAUGGUGCAGAGAGAAGAGUAUGAUGUCGAUGAAGACAACAAUCCGGCCUACAGCUGUCUCCCAGCCACAGUUCUAGCAUCUUGCGUCGAGAGUGUCUGGUCCUGCGGCAGUGUGACUGGCUCACAGACUCAAUUGUCCAGAGCUCUAUGGCUAUGGUGUGGCGCCCUGGGCGCGAGAGUCUGGCUCCCUUUACUACCGCGAGACACCACCAGACAUCCAGACUCGAGCAGACAUACGUUCAUGGCUAAGAGGAUCAUGCUGCCUUUCCAUCUUAAUAUUUAUCCAUUGACAAUUUUAUUCGACGAUGCUAUCCUGCUGGGUGCUGAGAAUGACACAACUCUCUACGCUUCGGACUCCAGUUCAGUAUUCUCGUUGCCAUUCUGUGUCGUCAAUAGAACAAGUCAAGUCUACCUCCACCAAAUACUAAGACAACUGCUCCGGCGUAAUCUUGGCUACCACGCGUGGGAGAUCGCUCGCUCGUGCUCGCAGCUGGCUUACUUCCCUCAUUCCCUGGAACUGCUCCUUCAUGAGGUGUUGGAGGAAGAAGCUACCAGCAAGGAACCCAUACCUGAUGCCCAGCUACCUUCUAUUAUUGAAUUCGUUCAUGAAUUCCCCGUAUAUUUGCAGACAGUCGUUCAAUGCGCGAGAAAGACAGAGAUAGCGCUAUGGGCGUAUUUGUUCUCAGCAGCGGGGAAGCCGAAGGAAUUGUUCCAAGAAUGUUUACACCGCAAAAUGCUGGAUACGGCCGCCUCUUACUUAAUUAUAUUACAGAACUUGGAAAGUUCAGCGGUCAGCAGACAGCUAGCGACACAACUCCUCGACACCGCCCUGCAGCAGGAGCGGUGGGAUCUCGCCAGGGAUCUCGUUAGAUUCUUGAGAGCUAUAGAUCCGAACGACGUCGAUUCACCGAGGAAUUCGGUGAACGUUCAAGCGAAGUACGGUCAGGUUGUCCAGUCACAAACGGUCAGCCCAAACGCUGAGGACCUCUCCGUCAUACUGGGCAACAUGCAGUUGGCGGGUGGUCGCGGGCGUAGCUUCAGUACGACAGUGUCCCCCCGCGAGCCGUCCCCCCCUGCGCACGCCCCGCCUCCCCCCGCGCCCCCACCGCACGCACCCCCCGCGCGGGCCACUGCCGCUGUCAAGAGGAAGAAGUCUGUACCUGCUAGAUCUGAAAGUUUCACAUCACCUCCAAACAGGGAUUCGUACAGUGGUACAGCGGAAGAGUUCUUCAUAGACAUGAUGAUACAGCGCCAUGCGCGACUCCUCCUAUCUACCGCUCGGCUCUAUGCGCUUGGCAAGAUGGCGGCGGCUUUAGACUUACACCUCGUCGCUUGGUUAGCCGGGGAAAGGGAACGAGCCGCCAGGGUAGACAACGCAGUGCUCUGUGUUAAGAAAUUGCACGAAGACUUUGCCUGGCCGUACCCUGUUAUUAAUGAAUCGGAACAGUAUCUACAGAGGAAGGGAAGCACUGUUGCCAGUACAUAUACCCCGUCAGCGGAAUCAGACAGUUUGUGUGGAGACAGUGGGUACAUGAGUCUACCGCUACGAGCCGCGUUGCCUUUGAUGACCGGCGCCGUGCCUGUGUCGCCUGGACCUGUUAGUUCUGCGGGAGAAGGCAGCGUGGCGGAGGGUGGCGGCGUGGCUUGGGGCGGCGACGCGCUGGGGGCGGGCGAGGAGCGGCGCUACGCCGCGCUCAUGGAGCGUCUGCACCACCACCAGGCCGAGCGGGGCUCACACACCGCACACGUACAGCUCAGAUACUAUUUACAACUAAUGACGGAAGCGAGCUGCGUAGAGUGGGCGGUGAUCGUAGCGGUAGUGCUACGCGACGCGCUCGCCGUGCUACGGACUACGAACGCGGCGCGGGGGAACGACGUCAGUCUAGACGCUGUACGACGGUUGCGCAGGACCUUACAGGACAUCUGUGCUUGGACUGACGCUGAAUGUCUCGGCUACAAACCAUUUAUGAUGGCGAUCAGCAAUCAAAUACCGUUCCUAACAUCGAUAAUCAACACUCGAGAGCGUCGUCUAUCGAUGACUAAGUCUCGUGUGCGGACGCCCAGCACUAGUUCUUUAGGACAGGAGGUAAAGCCUAAACCACAGAGUCAGGAAACUAAGCUCCCACCGCCGCAAAAAGCCGAGGUAACAAAACAGGCCGCAAGGAAAGAGUCAGCCGGGGCGGAGCCUGUGCCCUCGGUAGCCCCGCCCAUGCCACGCCCACCUGCGCCCGCGCGCGAUGACGUCUCUACCGGCUGUGUGCUCAUGUAAACCUAUUAAGCUAAUGUCAACAAGACGAAAUAAAAAUAACAAACAAC